AGAUGCAGUUGGGGGCACCCAGGUUGGGAACUCAAAAGGCCUGUGGUCCCCACCGCACCUUCUCCAGCCAGUGGACAAGAGUGAGCAUUCCUCUGAGGUGGUAGCUAGGGGACAGACCAGAUGACGGCUGGAUUCCUCCUGGGGCCCACGGCUGCAACCACUUUAGCCCCUGGCUUCUCCACACUUUGGAGCUCUUCCUCUGCAGACCCCUAUUGGACCAGAAUCCUGGGCACCCUCCCCCAGGGCCCUGGCCAUGGUGCCUGGCUUACCUGUGAGAUGCAGGCAGCAGCUGGCCGGAAGGAGCAGGGCGUGCCUGCUGCCCAGCGGCCCAGCCACCCACCACCCCACGCCAGGGCCCGCUGUGUGGCACUCUGUGACAUGAAGGCGGGCAGGCAGGAAACCCAAGCUGAGAGGAGAUCAAUCAUUCAUGGGACGGCUCUCCGGGAAACCCUAACCCUGGCCCAGUAGCCAAAUGACCAGCCAGGGCCCCCAUCCUGACAGGGCCAGAUGACAGCACCAUGCCUGGGCCCCUCCCGCAAGCUGUCAGCCCCUGAGGAUACAGCUCCACUGACACUGCACCUUGGCCCCUCUAACCUGGCCCCUCUUUUCGGUGACACUUGCCCUCUGUUUCAGCCAGGAUGUCACCUCGUAGGGGCCCCUGGGGGCAACUUAUCACCUCCUUUCCCACCUCCCCUUUGCUCGAGUCGCCAUCUCCAGAUGAAGAACUGGGACUAGGGGUGUUCAACAACCCGGUUUCCAGCUGCAACAUGGCAGAACUGGAGUUGGAAACUAGGGGCAGCCACAUGUCCUGCCCCUCUCUGCUGAGGACAGUUCUGGUGACCAACCUGGCAUUACCCUGGCCACCCCAGGGCAGAGGGCAGGGAUGAGGUCCUGGGCCGCCUGCCUACUCACCCUAAUCCCCCUCAGGGCCCAUCCCAGGCGAUCAACUCUAAGGCUGGGGGUGCGUAAGCAGCUUUAUGGGUCCCAAGAGCCAAGGGUGCUCAGGGACGCUGUGUUCCUGAGCCCUGCCAUCCCUUCCUACAUGGCCACAGAGCAGAACCCCCAGAAGUCCCCUGAGGGGGUUGUGGCCCCUGGCAGUGGUGCUGAGGGGGCCCCCUUGACUAGGAGGAAGAGCAAGAAGGAGAGGGGACUCCGAGGGUCCCAUAAGGGCAGCUCUGGUGAGCAGACUUCUGUCCAGGGCCCUGAGGCCCCAGGGAACAGCAAGAAUCCUUCCAAGACUGGAGAGGGGCAGGGGGGGCCACCUCUCACAUCACGCCGCCAGUCCCAUCGACAUCGCCCUGACCCCCAGCAGGAUGCUGCUCAGAGGACAUACGGGCCCCUGCUCAACCGCAUCUUUGGGAAGGACCGUGAGCUGGGCCCAGAGGAGCGGGAGGAGCUGCAGGCUGCCUUCGAGGAGUUUGACACUGACCGGGACGGCUACAUCGGCUACCGGGAGCUGGGUGCCUGCAUGCGGACCCUGGGCUACAUGCCCACCGAGAUGGAGCUCAUCGAGGUCUCGCAGCACGUGAAGAUGCGCAUGGGUGGCUGCGUGGACUUUGAGGAGUUUGUGGAGCUGAUAGGCCCAAAGCUGAGAGAGGAGACGGCACACAUGCUGGGGGUUCGGGAGCUGCGCAUCGCCUUCCAAGAGUUUGACAGGGACAAGGAUGGGAGAAUUACAGUCACAGAGCUGCAGCAGGCAGCACCGCCUCUUCUCGGGGAGUCACUGGAGGGUUCUGAGCUGGAUGAGAUGCUCCGAGACAUGGACCUCAAUGGGGACGGCACCAUAGACUUUGAUGAGUUUGUGAUGAUGUUGUCCACCCACUGAGACCUGGGGCCCCAGACACCAGCAGGGCCUGGACUGCACACCCUCCCCCCUACGAAGAGGCUCCAGGAUGGAAGAGACCCAGAGGCCCCCCAGGACCACACACCACCAGGGAGUCUGCUUGGAUGUCUCAGCCACCUUUAUGCUCACCUACCCCUGCUGGAGCUGCCUGGACGAAGACCUACCCUCAACUGCCCAUCAUCUCCACUGUGGGUGAAGUUUGGAUCUCUCCCAAACCUGGGCACAGGCAGUGUCCCAGUAGGGGGAAGCGUUAGGGGAUCCCCAGUAACAGUGAAUUGAGAGGGUGGCUGGAUCCCGCUCAUUCCUAACAUAUAUAAAAUGUCUUUUUAAAAAAUGGACUUGAAAGAAGGGGAUGACCCCAGUUUCCAAAGAAAAGAGACCAAAGUUUGGCACCUGGCUAGAGGCUUGGGGGCCUGGGCUCUAGCACCCACGAGUGACAGAGACCCACGCAAGUCUGCAGGCAGGGGCAAGAAAUGAACCUCACAGAUACAUUCCAGGGUCUCAAAGGGCUGCCUUGUUCCUGUCUCCACCGACCAGUCUGGGAAAGUGGCAAGGAUGUUUAGGGCCUUGUGGGGAAACAAGUGAUCCUCAAGACAGAGGGGCAGGGACGAUGGGGCAUGUGGACAUGAUGAUGCUGUCCUAGAGAAGGCUAGGUUUGUUGGUUAGCAUUAGACUCUGUUGACCACUUAAGGGAAGCCAUUAAUACAACAGGAAUAGACUGUUCCACUCAAUACUCAGAUCAGUAGAGGAGGGUAGAUGAGGAAUUCUUGAUUAAACCAGUAGAAAGUUGGGAUAGAGGAUGAAAAAGGCAAAGAAAAAUAAAAUACAUAGAAAAUAUUAAGACAGAAAGUGGAAAUAAUCCUUUAAAAAUCAAUUAUUACAAUAAAUAUAAAUACAUUAAAUUUGUUAGUUUAAAGUCAGAGAGUCCCAGUCCCCAAAGAAAGUGCUAAUGGUGUGGGGGUCUGGCUUGUGGUAGAGUACUUGCCUGACAUGUGUGAGGCCCUGGGUUUGGUCCCCAGCACCACACACAAAAACAGAAAAACAAAAAAUUAAAAAAUAUUAGGUUGUUUUUCUUAUAACUCAUCAAAAACAACAGUGUUUUAACCUGGGUAGAAAUUUGCUUGCUCAAGAAAAGUCUAUAGGUGGAGCCCAACUGUAUAUAUUCUUCAAGGACCCAGCCUCCUUCUGGCUGACUGCUCUGCCAUCCUUAGGGAGUGCCCACAUUUGUUUGUUUUCCUGGUGGCAGGAUCGAGUCAGGUAUAAAGGAAAAAGAGGAAAAGAGUAUGAACAAUCUGGCUGGGCACAGUGGUGCACACCUGUAGUCCCAGCCAUUUGGGAAGCUGAGGCAAAAAGAUUGCAAGUUCAAGACCAGCUUCAGCAAUUUAGCAAGACCCUGCCUCAAAAUAAAAAAUUAAAUUAAAUUAAAAAGGCCAGAGAUGUAACUCAGUAGUUAAGUGCCCCCGGGGUUCAAUCCUCAGCACCUGCGCCUCCCUCCCUUACAUCCCAAUAGACAGAGCUUAUCACAUGAUACACCUAGCUGCAAAGGGUAUUGGGAAAUGUAGUCUUUACUUGUAAGGUCAUGUGCCCAACUAAAAAUCAGGGGUUCUUUACAAGGGCAGAGAGCAGAUACAGAAGGGCAGAUCUCAGAUUCUUCCCCAUAGGUGAGUCAAGGAUGCAGAAGACACACUCAAAGAAUAAUGACAAGUGGAAGGCUGAAACUGAUGGCUCAGAUAAAAGAUUUACCAGGAGAAAAUUAACCAAAAGAGAGCUAGUGUAACUAUGGGAAAAUCAGAUAGAAAUGAGCUAUGAGGCAGAAGCAUAAGGGAUAAAUGGCGUCAUGAUUCACCAAAGAAAUCUAUAUGUUCCUAUUAAUGUCUUCAAAAGAAAUUAUGUGCAGUAUAUAUUUAGAGUUUAGAAGUAUCGCUAUUCACGGGCUGGGGCUGGGGCUCAGUGGCAGAGUCUUGCCUUGCAUGUGUGAGGCAUUGCAUUAGAUCCUCAGCACCACAUAAAAUUAAAAAAUAAAAUAAAGGUAUUGUGUUCAUCUACAAAUAAAAAAAUUUAAAAAGAAGUAUUGCUGUUCAUGCAAUUUGGGUUGGAUAAAUUAACCAGAAAAAUAUACGCCCUAGGCUGGGGGUGUGGCUUGGA